AUGAGACACUUCUCUCACUGUUCCCUGUACCUAGCCCUUCUCCUGGCGCUAGCUUCGGCGAGGUCAGCGGAGACCAGUCCAGGAACGAACUCCAUCAACGACCAAACGGCAAGGUCUACAGGGAACAGCAACGUCUUCGGCGAUCUCCGACAGAUGUACCAGACCUACAAAGAAUGUGCAGACGAGGACCUGAGUCCCUGUCUGAAAGUAAGACUGCUCUCAGCGAUAGACAGGGUGUCCAGAAGCUCUCAACUGAACGUAGCAGACGGUGUAACGAUCGUGCAAGAGGAUCGAGCGACGAACGUGGAGGAACCACCGAAAUCUCUUCAGGAAAUCGAGGCUAGCUUGCCUAGAGCUCUGGACGACAAGGAGGACGCGUUGAACACCAUGAUCUUCGACAAGGUGAUGAAGUUCUUCCAGAGUCACACGUUGAAGCUGAAGUUACCUAACGUCGAGGAGCUUCAGCGAAGUCUCGUUGAGGAAGGUCGCAAGAAGAAGAAGAACAUGGGUGGACUGCUCGCGAUUCCUCUGCUGAUCGGAGGAACUCUCGUACCGUUGGCCCUCGGAGCUCUAGCCCUUCUAGCCGGAAAAGCUCUGAUCGUCAGCAAGCUCGCUUUAGUGCUCGCUUCGAUCAUAGGCCUGAAGAAGCUCGUGUCAGGCGGCGGAGAACACGGAGGCCACGAAGUGGUACAGGUAGCUGGAGGCCACGCGAGAUCGAGCCACGACCUCGCCUAUUCCGCCUACAAGCCAUCCUCCACCUACCCAACCCGGAGUAACACUUCCGACAUGUUCAAGUACGUGAUUAUCGCCACGGUGCUAGCCGCCUCUGUGUUCGCCGCGCCUGCCACCCAGGAUCAGCCGUCUAUUCUCGAGGAGGCGUUGGACGUUUACGCGUCCUGUUCCGGCGACGAGGACGUCUCGGUGUGUCUGAAGCUGAAGGCACUGCGUUUCGUGGACAGAGCGGCGCGGUCCGCGGACAUCGACGUCGUCGACGGAUUCAAGAUCGUUCAAACCGAGGAGGCUAAGAGCAGCCGGGCUGACAACGCCAGGUCUCUGAAUGACAUCGAAAGUACUCUGCCAGCUGAGACUGAUGCGAAGGAAGCUGCCAUUGACGAGGCUCUGGUAGACAGAACCGCCAAAUUCCUUUCUACCCACACCGUAGAACUUAGCCUGCCUGAGGAAGUCUCUCGCUCCUUCGACGAAGCUCGAGGAAAGAAGAAGAAGAUCGUGAAAUCCCUCUUACCAAUCCUCCUGCUCCUGAAACUGAAGGCUGCAGCUCUGAUACCCAUCGCUCUCGGUGCUCUGGCUCUCCUAGCGCUGAAGGCUCUCGUGAUCGGCAAGAUCGCCCUCAUCGUCAGCGCUAUCAUCGGCCUGCAGAAACUUCUCGGGAACAAGCAUCAAAGCUACGAAGUGGUGGCUCAUCCAGUGCACUCCUACGGCCACGAAGAGCAUCACGAUCAUCACGGCUGGGCGAGAUCGUCCGGCUCCGAUCUAGCGUAUAACGCGUACAAGCCGUCAGAAUAG